AGUGUCUUCUACGUGAGUGGCUACGAGUGGCUUGUUUCUCACGGUUCGUGUUGCAAUGUGGCUUCGAAGGUAAAUAACAGACUUGUAUAGCAUACGGACCGACCCGGUGGCAGGGGAAGUGAUCGUCGGGCAGCGGAACAGGUGGUUUGUAGAUCAGAUGCCGACUGGCUAAAUCGCACCGCAGUAAAUCCCCCUUGAGCUGCGAGGUGACAUGGCUUGACGGAUCUCGACGGGAACUUUCAGGAAAUACAACAGGUGGACGUGGCCCCGCAAUGCCCCGUGGACCGCCGUCAGACAGCGCCAUGGAUGACAGCAAGCUCAAUGACUCAAACGUUAAGGUCGCUGUCCGUGUGCGACCAAUGAGCAGGAGAGAAAAAGACCUCACGGCAAAAUGUGUGGUAGAAAUGGAAGGAAACCAGACAAUAUUGAAUCCUGCCAUUGCAUCUUUGAGCAAAGGAGAUCCCCGGAAUCAGCCAAAGGUUUUUGCCUAUGAUCACUGUUUCUGGUCCAUGGAUGAAUCCCAGAAAGACAAGUUUGCAGGUCAAGAAGUGCUAUUCCAGUCCCUUGGGGAGAGUUUGCUAGACAAUGCCUUCAUGGGUUACAAUGCCUGCAUCUUUGCUUACGGGCAAACAGGCUCUGGGAAAUCUUACACCAUGAUGGGCUCAGCAGAGCACCCUGGUCUGAUCCCUCGCCUCUGCAGCUCCCUGUUCUCUAGGACCAUGCAGGAGGCUCGAGAGGGAGAGAGCUUCACUGUGGAAGUGUCCUACAUGGAGAUUUACAAUGAGAAGGUCCGAGACCUGCUGGACCCUAAAGGAAGCCGACAAGCGCUGAGGGUGAGGGAGCACAACGUUUUGGGGCCUUAUGUUGAUGGGCUGUCUCGUCUGGCUGUUGCUAGCUACAAGGAUAUAGAGUCUCUGAUGUCAGAGGGAAAUAAAUCUCGGACAGUGGCCGCCACAAACAUGAAUGAAGAGAGCAGCCGAUCUCAUGCUGUGUUUAACAUCAUCUUAACUCACACUCUUAUGGACCUGCAGUCAGGAACAAGCGGAGAGAAGGUGAGCAAGCUUAGUCUGGUGGACCUGGCAGGAAGUGAGCGUGCAGCCAAGACCGGGGCAGCUGGUGAAAGACUGAAAGAAGGCAGCAACAUCAACAAGUCUCUCAGCACAUUGGGUUUGGUUAUCUCGGCCUUGGCAGACCAGGGUGCAGGGAAGAACAGGAGCAAGUUUGUUCCCUACAGGGACUCAGUGCUCACCUGGCUGCUCAAGGACAGUUUAGGGGGGAACAGCCGCACAGCAAUGGUGGCCACCAUCAGCCCAGCAGCAGAUAAUUAUGACGAGACUCUGUCCACCCUUCGUUACGCCGAUCGGGCCAAAAGCAUCGUCAACCACGCGGUGGUCAACGAAGACCCCAAUGCCAGAAUUAUCAGAGAGCUGCGAGAGGAAGUCGAGAAACUGAGGGACCAGCUCACAGAGGCUGAGUCUAUGAAGGCCCCUGAGCUGAAGGAGCGGCUGGAGGAGUCAGAGAAACUAAUUCAAGAAAUGACCGUGACUUGGGAGGAGAAACUCAGGAAGACUGAGUCUAUUGCACAAGCGCGUCAGAGGCAGCUGGAGAGUUUGGGUAUUUCCCUGCAGUCGUCUGGCAUCAGAGUAGUGGACGACAAGUGCUUCCUGGUUAACCUGAAUGCUGACCCUGCCCUCAAUGAGCUGCUUGUCUACUACUUAAAGGAGCAUACUCGUGUGGGUUCAUCCAAAUCACAAGACAUCCAGCUUUGUGGGAUGGCCAUCCAAGCCGAACACUGCAUCAUUGAUAUCACACAAAACAAUGGUGUGGUGCUCACACCGCACUGCAAUGCUCGGACGUGGGUGAAUGGCACUGUGGUCACCAGUCCAGUGCCCCUUCAUCACGGAGACCGGAUCUUGUGGGGAAAUAAUCAUUUCUUCAGAAUCAACCUGCCCAAGCAUUUGGUCCAUCUUGGGGGUGAGGAGCAGGAGGGCAGAGCUAAAAUGAAGACCUGUUUUAGUACAGAGGAGCUGGAGGUGGAUGUUGAUGCAUCCAGUGAUGUUUCUAGUGAAGUGGGCUUUGAGUUUGCUCAAGCAGAAGUCAUGAUGAAAGGAAUGGCCAACAAUGACCCCUUGCAGUCAGUGUUACAGACCCUUGAGAGGCAGCAUGAGGAGGAGAAACGCUGCGCCCUCGAGCGCCAGAGGCAAAUGUACGAACAGGAGCUGCAGCGGCUUCGUCAGCAGCUCAACCCUGAGAGCUCUCAUCUCCUUGAUGUGUCAGGCUUACCGACUAGUGGCACUGCCACUGGAACAUCACCAGGCUCCCAGAAACGCAUGCGGCGCUGGAGUGAAGACAGAGAGGCUAUGAUUACACGAAGCCUUCGACGUCUGAAGGAGCAGAUCGUUCGCGCCAACCUGUUGGCUCAGGAGGCCUGCUUCAUUGCAGAGGAGCUCAACAAAAGGACAGAGUACCUGGUCACUUUACAGAUACCAGCUGCAAAUCUGGAUGCUAACAGGAAGCGUGACAUGGUGCUGAGCGAGCCAGCUGUUCAGGUUCGGCGUAAAGGGAAAGGGAAGCAGAUCUGGGCAAUGGAGAAGAUGGAGAACAGGCUGGUGGACAUGAGGGAUCUCUACCAAGAAUGGAAAGACUUUGAUGAAGACAACCCUGUGAUGCGGUCUUAUUUCAAACGGGCCGACCCAUUUUUUGAUGAGCAGGAGAACCACAGUCUCAUUGGGGUGGCCAAUGUUUUCCUGGCAUGUUUGUUCUAUGAUGUAAAACUACAGUACGCAGUUCCCAUCAUCAACCAAAAGGGAGAGGUGGCGGGUCGGCUUCAUGUGGAAGUGUGGCGAGGAACAGAAGACACUGAGGAAGAAGGUUCACAAGAAAGUAACACAGAUGGAGAUGCACAGGAGCGUAAACUGAACUGUGUGGUAAAAAUCCUCCAGGCUACCGGUCUUCCUCGUCACCUGUCGAACUUUGUCUUCUGUCAGUAUCACUUUUGUGGGGAGACCGAACCUAUGUUCAUCCCUCCAGAGAUGGCGCGGGCGCCCUCGCCAUCUGCUUCCAAAGACCCUCAGUGCACAGUUGUUUUUGACAGCUCCAAGGAGUUGUCAGUGCCGGUGUCAGAGGACUUUCUCGAGUAUUUGUCUGAGGGUGCGGUGGCAAUCGAAGUGUAUGGUCACAAACAGGACAACCAUCGGAGGAACCUGGCACUGUGGGACCUCGGUGUAAUUCAAGCCAAAACACGCUCACUCAGAGAGAGGUGGAGUGAGGUGACUCGGCGGGUGGACCUGUGGGUGCAGCUCAUGGAGCUCAAUGAUGCAGGGCAAUUCACACCAGUAGAAAUUCUUUCUGCUAAGGAUGUACGCACUGGAGGAAUCUUUCAGCUCAGACAGGGUCAGUCUCGUCGUGUCCAGGUGGAGUUGCACUCUGUGGCAGACUCUGGCACAAUGCCGCUCAUCUCCAGCUCCAUCCUCUCUGUGUCCAUUGGAGACGUCAAGGUCCAAAAUACACCAAAACGCAGGGACUCAUUGUUGGCUAGGGAUGAAGAAAUGGACAGCUACCAAGAAGUGGAUUUGGAGAGAAUGAGGGAACAGUGGCUGGCCACGCUCACUCAGAGACAGGAGUAUCUGGAUCAGCAGUUGCAGAAAGUAGUGUCCAAACCAGAUAAGUCAGAGGACGAUUUGGAGAGGGAGUCCCAGCUGCUGGAGUGCCGUCUGACACUCACCGAAGAACGCAAUGCUGUUUUGGUGCCGUCAGCUGGCAGCGGCAUUCCUGGAACACCGGUUGAAAGAGUUCCUGUGCCUGGGAUGGAAACGCACAUCCCUGUCCUGUUUCUGGAUCUCAGUGCUGAUGAUUUCCAGUCAAACCUUUCAGCCCCUCCAGCUGGGGGUGUGGAUGCCUAUCUUGGUGGGGAGUAUGAAGACGACUUCUUUGACCUUCACAUUGUCAAACACUACGAUUCAGAAGUGAAAGUGGAGGCAUCCUGGGACUCAACAGUACACGAGUGCCCCGAGCUCAGCCGUGUAACAUCUGGUGAGCAGAGGGUCUACCUGACGAUCCGUGUCGUGGUUGAGUUGAGCCACCCCGCCCACAUGCAAUUGGUCCUGAGGAAACGCAUCUGUGUUAAUGUCAGUGGGAGAAAGGGUUUUGCCCAGAGCCUUCUGAAGAGGAUGUCCCAGCGCAGCACCAUCCCAGGAAGUGGUGUCACCUUUGAAAUUGUUUCAAACAUCCCGGGAGAUUUUCACGGGCCAGAAGACAGAGAGAUGCUGGCGCGAUUGGCCGCUAGCACGGAUGAUGAUCAGUCAGGCGACAGUGAGGCAGCGAUAGAAAAAUACCUGCGCAGUGUCUUGGCUGUGGAGAACAUUCUCACUCUCGACAGACUGCGACAGGAGGUAACAGUGAAGGAACAACUAGCAGUCAGAGGGAAAGCUCCCAGACGCUGCCUCAGCACGCCAACCGUCCACCGGCUCUCAGCCAGCAAUCUGGAUGUGUUCUCUUCAACUCAUAAACUUGGUGACUUCAAGGGUUGGGAGAGUCAUCAGGACCUCUCUGCUGCUGCUACUCAGACCAGGCGCACGAUGCCCAGCUCCAUAUCGCACAGCUUGUACCCAGACACAGUGAAGGCUGUGCCUCACCUCCUGAAGUCGCUGCUUUCUGCUGGCAAAGAAGAUAGUGGAGACCAGGUGCCUGUCCAUCAGCAGAAUGUGCCUCGUAUCAUUGUGCAGUCAGCCAGUGUUGAAGAGGGAAUGAACACACGCCAGCAAGUUCCUAUUCAGGGAAUGAGCCCUCCUGACAUCCAACAGGAGAGCCCCAGAUCAGUGCCUCUCCCUCCACCAAUCAUCCCAGUGACCGAAGACUCCACCCAGAGCUCAAUGAGUGAAGCGUCAAGUGGUGGUUACAUUACGAGUAUCUCCACGGCACCGCUUUCAGAGGUCUACAUGCUCAGCUGGGACCUUCCUCCAUCGUCCGGCUGCAGCGGUGAAAGCUGUGCAGCCGUGACAGAUGAAGAAGCAAAUAAAGUGACACCGAUGCUCCCCUUGCAAUCUGACAUUGGUUCUGGAUCUGAACCUCUGGAGACUUUGCAGGCAGCUGCGGCGAACACGGACGUGCUGCAGUCCAAACCAAAUGACUAUCCCUCUGAUUUAAAUCAGAGUCACCAGGAACCAGGUCCAUCUCUUGUAGUACAGGAAGUAAAAGAGCCUGCUCCAUGUGUAGAGUCCAAUAUUCCAACCAGGCCAGUGUAUUUGGAGCGGGACUCGAUGGAAUCUGAACAAUUAGACAGUGUGCUGCCAGGGACAAAUUCGUUUUUAGUGCAAGAGCAACAACAAACAACACCAAAGACCUCUGUGAAGGAUAGUGUUCAAAUGGAUAUAAAAGAAUCCACUAAAACGAUUCAUGAAGAAAAACAAGUAUUGGAGAAGAUUGAACACUCAAAACAAGACCAGACUAAGGAGGACUCUGAAGAGCCUGCUCUUGUCUCAACCCAAAUAUCCUCUGACUCGCCUCUAGUCCCAUUGAAGGAUUCUGAUCCACUAGGUUGUUCGCAGGAACAAUCCCAUUUAAAGAGCUCCAGCUGUUCUCCCAUCCCAGCUUCAUCCAGUGAUGAGGUCCACCUAGAAGCACCGCCUGAUGCCUCUGCUGAGCCCAAUGUCCAACGCUCCAAACCUCCUGCAGCAGCAGUCAACCCUUUCAAGAUUCAGAAAGUCCAGUCAUCAGACCUCAAGUCCUUCCAGCGUAUACUCGGUGAACCGAUGGGGGAAUCUGGUCAGACCGAGACCGGCAGUUUUUCGAAAUUGGACACCAAUCUCACUGAGCCCUUGGAGCUUAUUUUAGACUGUGAGGAAGGAGAGGCAACUGCUGCAGUCACUCUGCCUGACUGGAUGAAAGAAGGCGAAUUUGUCACCGUAGGGACCAAUAAAAGAGGCACCGUGCGCUACUUAGGCCCGACAGACUUUGCAGAGGGCAUGUGGGUGGGAGUUGAACUUGAGGUACCCGCAGGAAAGAAUGACGGCUCCGUUGGCGGGAAGCACUACUUCCACUGCAAUCCCGGUUACGGAGUCCUAGUCCGGCCAGACCGGGUGAGCCGCGGCGGUGGCAAACGCCGCCGGCAGCAGCCGAAGCGUCGCAGCGCCAACUUGUCGGGAUCCAUCCCGAACCUGACGGCCCUCACGGCUCUGGCUAAAGGUGAUGGUGCCUGUGCAUCAUCAUCAUCAUCAUCAUCUGCUCGCAAUAGUGCAGAGGACAAUAAAAAUUCCUGACAGGAGAAAGUGAGGACCGUCAGCUGUGCAGAUUUGGGUUUGAACCAUCUUCUACAUCGCAUAGUUGCUGCUGUAAAUGAGAUUUAACAACAAAAUGUUUAUACAUGUGCAGAUUUUACUCAUUUCUCCCUAAGAGUUUUCAUUCAAUGUGUUGUUCAAUUCUAUUUAAACUGAUAAAACACCAGCACACUUUGUAAUGCUACAUGCCAAGAAGUAUAGUUUGUUCCCCCCCAUUUACUACCUUAAGAAUCUUAACAUGGCAUAAAAAUGUUUUUGGAAAUUGACAUGCAUUUUAAUGCUUUUUGGUUACUGAUGUUUUGUGUGCCUUAAAGUUUGUUGAGAAGUCUUCCACAUGAACUGUGCAAAGAGCUUUUUAUCUUCUAAAAUUACAUUUUAAAAACAUUGCAAUCUUCAUAAUCACCUUUGGGAGAUUUAUUUUUUACACAAUUUUAUGAUGUGACUGUAAAUAAAAUGAGUCAUUUUUUUGACAAAACAAUCAUGGGC